AUGGUCGCCUCCGGCCGCAAGCGCUCCCGCCGCGCGCCCAUUGCCGCGCCAUCGUCUCCACCGCCUCCGCCGCCGCCGGCUCCGCAGUCGCCGCCGCAGCUGACGUCGCUGCUGGCGCUGCUCGCCUCGUCCGUCACCCUGGCACUGCGGUUUGCGUCCGACCGCGACCUCCUGCUCCGCCCGUCCCAGACGCUGGCGCUGGACCCGCUCCUCCUCUCCGCGGCGCGCGCCGUGUCCCGCCUCCUGGCGCAGCUCCCGCUCCACCUCCAGACGCUCACGCUCACAUCCCUCUCGCUGUCCCCGCCCACGCCGUCGCCGCCGCUGCCCUCCUCCUGGUUCCUCCGCCUCCUCUCCUCCCCUUCCCUCCCGGACUCCGCCUGGCGCGACGCGUUCCGCAUGUCCAAGCCCGCUUUCUUCCAGCUCCUCCACGCCCUCGCGCUCCCGGCGUCCGCCGCCUCGUCCUCGUCCCUCGCGCUGCCGCCCGACCACAAGCUCGGCGCCGCGCUGUUCCGCCUCGCCCACGCCGCCCCCGCGCUCGUCGUGGCGCGCCGCUUCGGCCUUCCGUCCCCCGCCGUCGCCGCGCGCGCCUUCUACGAGGUCUGCCGCGCGAUCGCCGAGCGCCUCGCCGUGCUGCUCGACCUCGCUGCGCCCGACCGGAUCGCGCGCGCCGUGCCGGGGUUCUGCGCACUCUCGCUGCCCAACUGCUGCGGCGCGCUCGGGUACGCGCGGUUCGGGGAGGUGGCCAUCGCGCAGGCGCUGGUCGACGCCGAGGGCCGCUUCCUCGACGUCUCCGUCGGGUGGGACCCGGAGAUGGCGCCGGUGGAGAUCCUCCCGCGGACGAAGCUGUACACCUCCCAGUCCAUGGUGCUCGCCAAUGCGCCUCAGGGCGAGCUCAUCGGUGGCUCGGUGCCGCGCUACUUCUUGGGGCCUGCUUGCUGCCCGCUGCUCCCCUGGCUUGUGACACCGUACAAGCAUGUGGUGGAUGCCACUGAUGACUUAUCCAAAGAGAGCAUCUUCAACCACGUGCACGCGCACGGGCAGCAGGUGGUGAAGAAUGCCUUUGGCCGUGCGCGGGCACGGUGGCGGCUUCUGGAGGAAUGCUGGAAGGGCGAGUGCCAAGAGGCACUGCCGUAUGUUGUGGUUGCUGGUUGUCUGCUCCACAAUUUUCUCCUCCAAUGUGGCGAGCCGAUGACUGCAGAGAUUCAACGGAAUGCUGAUGCUGAUGCGUUUGUGGACUUUGAGGGUGAGAAGGAUAAGGAGGGGGAGAGAAUCAGGGAUGUUCUUGCUGCACAUUUGAGCUUGAUAAUGUUGGCAUCCUUCAAUCCUUAUUAUCAUCCUAUUGAAGCUUUCAGCUUUGUUUUACGUUAUGAAAAGGAUGACAAAUCUAUUCUCCACAAAGUUGUGUACUUAUCGUUAUGA